UGUGCGCACGCGAUGAAUGCCGUCCGAUCGUGUUUUGCCGCCACCGUCUUGUUGCUCGUUGUCGCGAUCGGCUGGUCGGCCGCCGACGCCGCGGUCUGUUGCAACAGUAGUUCAGUCGUUGGCGGCGGCGGUGUCGCCGUCGCGUCUUGUCGGAACGAAAACCGUACGUUCCACACGGUCGAGACAAUCGGCGGUGGCACGUGCGACGACAACCAGACGGCCGUGAUGGUCCGGAAAUGCUGUCCGCCGAACCGGCCGUACGAUCCGGAAGUGAGGUUCUGCGGACCGGCCGAGGCGGACGGUGACGAGUACCAGCGGUGGAUGAUGCAGCGACUGCGUGAUGGGUUCCCGGCGGUGGCCAAUGUGGCGAUGGUGGGUUACAAUUAUGAGGCGCCAAAGUGCGAAUCCGCGAACGUGCUAGUGGACGUGUCCGCCGCGGAGGUGCGUGAACUGAUGGAGGUGGCGGACCCAUCGGCCGUCGAGUUGCCGCCCGGCUACUGCUUCGAUCUGACGCCAUCUAAUGAGCUGGUGGCCCGGACGUGCCGGCCACGCGACCAGUACUGUGGCCGAGGCCGUUACACGUGCGUCAACAAGUGUUGCAAGGGYGACCGRAUAAUCGUCGCCGAUAUGGGGUGCAAGAAGGGCGAGACACCGUUCACGUUGUCCGCCUAUGAAACGGACGCGGAAGGCCGUCCGGUGGACCAGUCGAACAGCACGGUGCUGCCAUACUACGUCCGGCUCGGGUGUUACAAGAGGGAAAUAGUGGAGGGCRGGUUCGCAUUGACCACGAACGGAAGCCUUUACCGUAUCAGCAACGGCCAGCUCGUACCGGAUACCGGGUACUGCGUGGAGUAUUAUGCCGCGGCCGGGCCRCCUGUGCCMGCUAGCUUGCAGGCAUUUGUGUGUAUAUCGGACGUCCAACCACCGACCACGGCCGUGGACACACGUGGUAGCUGGAAGUACUUCGUCACCUUGGCUGGUUUUGUGCCGUCUGUCCUGUGCCUGGCGCUCACACUGCUCGUGUACUCCACGCUGUCCAGCCUCCGGAACGUCCACGGCUAUUACGUAAUGUGCUACGUGGCCUGCCUGCUCUUGUCUUUCGUCUGCCUAAUGACACUCCAGUGGACGCAGGACGCUAUCAAUGGCCAGCCGUGCAUUCUAUUUGACCAUACUAAUUAUGGAACUUUAAUUUUCUUCAUACUACCCGUAUCUGUUUUGCUGACCGCCAAUUUACUUUUGUUCGUGCUAACUGCUAUUCAUUGUUCAAGAAUCAAAUCUGAACUCAAUAAAUUCAAACGAACCGAUUCAAAAACACAAAGGUUUCUUAUUGACAAAGAGAAAUUUGUUAUGAGCAUUAAACUAUUUCUGGUUAUGGGAAUCCCGUGGUCAUUUGAGAUACUAUCAAAAUACUUACAAAAUGAUUGGAUCAUAUGGGACAUUUUAGAUGAAAUUAACGCACUACAAGGCGUGAUGAUAUUUAUUAUAUUUGUGGCCAAGCGCAAAGUCAUUAUGAGCUUACGGAAAAAGUUUAGAGGUUCAAUGGAUCACAGUGAGUCGACAAAAAUGAACACUAUCUCUGGGUCGUCACAAAGCGGCAGUGCUCAUAAAAGUUAUAAUGAUUUCUGAAUGCAUUAUAAUUUCUUAUUUAGUAUUAACAUUCUAAGUCCUAAAAAAUCGUUAUUUUUGUGCCUUUAAAUAUUUCAUUUUUAUUUUUUUGUGUUURUUAUAAAAAUAAAAAAAUA